UCUGGGAGAUAAGCCUGAAGACAAUUGGAACAGGGUAACAGAUAAAAUUUUCCGAUGAAGCAUUUGACACAGUGAUCUUUGUCAUUAUUCAUACCAAAAGUCUUUAUCUGGCACAAACACAGCAUAUUUGAGUGUAAAUCUUUCUACUUAAAUUCACUUCAAAAUGGGGUGAAAGUAGAAUGUAGCAUACAGGUGAUAACAAGUAACUCCAAGGGCAGAUCCUUAAUGAAUUCACAUGUAAAUUAAACAUUUAUAUACAUAUUGGAUUUUAUUUUUAAUUUAUUGCAAUGUUACUUUCAACUGUGAAAAUCAAUUCAUUUCAAAGUAAAAUAAAGCAUGAAAUUCCUGGUUUCCUUGUAGAUGGCCGAAUCAGAAGUUCAGGAAGAAAACUAUGAUAACAUGGUAAAGAUGAUGGAGGAACUGAAAAGAGAUUUAGAAAAACUCCUGGAUGAAAUGGAAAAACUAACAGUGGGGGCAACCUGGAUGGCAUUUGACAUGGUGGUCAUGCGUACCAACCUCGACCUGGCCAACUCCAUGAAGCGUCUGGAAGAUGCCUUCCUGAAUUGCAAAGAAGAGAUAAAGAAAUGGCAAGAAGUGCUAAUGGAAUUUAAAGGUGAAGAGCAAAAAAAAGAGUAAAUUGAAUUCAGUCAUGCUCAGAGAACUCCAACCCUUGGAAAAUCACUCCAGUCUUAUUUGUGGAGGUUUCACAGAUACUGUGGAAAAUGGAUUGGCUUU